AUGGUGCUCAAACAGUGGACUACUAGCUUCCAGAUGGGAAAGGAAUCGAUUAGACAAAUUCCUUUGUGGGUGACAUUUCCAAACUUACCUGUUAAGUACUGGUCUACUGAGAAUCUUAGUCGAAUAGCAAGCUUCAUUGGUAACCCUGUUUGCACAGAUAGAGAAGAGGAACGAUUGUCCUAUGCUAGAAUACUGAUAGAAUUGGAUAUGACACAACCUUUACCUGAGCAGAUGCUAAUUGAGAAAGCACAUGGUAAAUAUAGAACCCAGUUAUUGGACUAUGAAUGGUGGCCAGAAUACUGCCAGUACUGUAUGUGUCUUGGACAUGUUACACAGAAAUGCCCGAUUAACCAACCACCUGCUGCAACGACUGAUAAUGCACCACCAAGGGCUGUAGCACCAGCUAAAAGGAGCAAACAAGUACUAACACAGUGGCAAGCUAAAGAUGCACCAAAUGUCCACGCUGACUCUUCCUUGCCUGAAAUUCCACCUGAGGCUUCCAUCCCAACUGAGAAAGAGGUACAGGAGGACGCACUUGGGAAUAAGGUUCAACCAGUAACUAGCAAGGCAAGGGACAAAGAGAAACAACAGGGUGAGACAGUAGCAACAACCAGUGACACACAAAAUGCACCAUCGAGCCUAACAGUGCAGACUUUACAUGAAUUUGGCUUUAUAGAAAGUAGCAAUAAAGAAUUGAGAUCAUUUCUGCUUAGAAAUAAUAUAGAUCACUUGGGCUGCCUAGAAACUAAAAUCAAGCAGGGUAGAGCUGAUAAACUGAGAAAAUAUUUCGGAACUGAAUGGACUUGUUAUGUUGAUUACAAUGUAGAACCAAAUGGAAGGAUCUGGCUAUGCUGGAAACAUCAAAAUGUACAACUGACAAUACUAGAAGCUCAAACACAAUCAAUUCAUUGCUAUGUUGAAGACAAAGGGUCAACAUUUAAGGCUUAUAUGACUUUUGUCUAUGGAUUGAACACAAAUUCUGGAAGGAAUGAUAUAUGGACACACUUGAGAAUGCUGCAUACAAAUAUAGUGGAACCCUGGCUCAUAUUAGGUGACUUCAAUACUGGAUUAUCAGUCCAUGAGAGGUUAAAUGGAGCACCAGUCCAUCCAACUGAAAUUCAGGAUUUUCUUGAGUGUAUAGAAGACUUGGGGGUGGUGCAUCUACCUAGAAGAGGAUAUGACUACUCUUGGUGUAAUAAGAGAGAAGCUACAGACAAGAUCUACAGCAAAAUUAACUGGGUGUUAGGCAAUCCACAAUGGUUCCAGCACUUUGGUUCACUAGAAGCGCUGUUUGGCAGCCCAGAAUGCUCGGAACACUCCCCAAUUAUCAUAAACACUUAUGCCAACUACCAACGAUGUACUAGGCCAUUUAGAUUACUGAAUGUGCUUCUUAAGAAGAAGAGGUUUAUAGAGCUAGUCAGCCAGGUCUGGAACCAAAACAUAGCUAGUCACACUAUGUUCAGAGUUUGGAAGAAGCUCACAACAAUUGGAACACAGGCCAGGAAGUUGAACAAAGAAAUGUCAUCUCUGGAGUCUAGAAUUAAAAAUCUAAGGGAGCAGCUACUGGAGGCUCAAGGAAAUUUAAGGACCAGCAUGUUUGAUGCAUCCUUGAUAAAUACUGAGAGAGAUACACUGUUACAACUCCAUAAAUGGGAUGGCAUUUCUGAGCAAGUGCUGAGACAAAAGUCAAGGGAAACCUGGAUUGCAUAUGGGGACUUAAACACUAAAUUCUUUCAUGCACACCUUAAGGCCAGGCAGACUAGAAACAGAAUAGCCUCCAUCUGUGAUGAACAAGGUGUAAAGAUUACUAACCCUACAUUGAUCCACCAGGAAUUUGUUACUUUCUUCAAGCAACUGUUGGGCUCAGGUGUUCCUUCUUCCAAAGAAGGUUAUAGCAAUGGUGACCACUGCUUGAAGAUCUUCGAUGCUAGGAAAUGGUUUCCUAACACUGAUCUAAUUACUCACCUAGCACAGUUCUCAGUUGGAAGAAGGUUCAGUAUUAAGCAAGCUUAUAUCUCUUUUAUUCCUCAGCUUCCUAGAAGAAGGAUAGGGACCUGGGUAGAAGAAAUUGGUUGGCUCUCAAAGGCUGUCAACAACAACAGGCCACGAGCAAACAUAUUGGGAUUUAUAGCAGCUGCUACUGUAUACACCAUAUGGGUUGAAAGAAAUGCAAGGAGGUUCCAAGAAGCUAAUCGAAGCAGGAAAGAAGAUUAUCAUAGAUAUAGUACAAUUAGAUGCAGGCAGUCUCAAGGAUUUGCCAUUGAAAACAGCAGUAUUCAAACUCAGGAAGUUUCUAAUUUAAGGGAGGGAAGGAUUAGAAAUCAUAUAGAGCAGAUAGCUCCUGAGAGUUCGUUCUUCAGACCAGUGGACAACUCUGCUUCAUCCGGGUCUACAGUUUCUGUGUAUCAGCAUUCGUCUCCUAUUACUUGUUUUUCUUGUGGAGAGGUUGGGCAUGUUUCUUGGAGAUUUCCCCAACCCAAGCAGGAUUAUCAGCCUCUAAGGACUCCUAUAUCAUCGAGUGGUCGAGGUGGGACUUCUCAGAGGGGCGGUGCUCAGUCAGGCCGUGUACUUCUCAAGGUUUUAGAGGUGGUUCCCAGAGUGUGA